AUGACGUGCGCGAUAGCAAGCGACGAGCCACCUGCUUGCGGCGAGCUUCUCCGCCCUUUGGCGGCUGCGGAGAAGCUACCUGUUUCCGAUAAGCCAUUGUGGCGUCCACACAGCGAGCUGCUGCCACCAGCGCGGCUGGUGGAGGUCGCGCAUGCGGCGCUGCAGUCGUCUGGGUUUCGGCGGAAGUUGGCGACUGGUGCCCAGCAGCCAUCGCAACACGAAAACCCAAACACGCAACCCGCACCUGCAUCUUCCGCCGCCGCGGAGGCUAAUCACACUUCCGCGGCCAAGCGCGAGCUCCCGAGUGACAACGGUUGCGACUCAGAUAGACCUUAUGACAUGAAGCGGCCUCGCAACGAGUCAUGCGGCGAAACGGCUCCUUUGUUGGAUAAGGUGGAACGGGAUGCGAUGGAGGGCUCGAUGGACGCUGCUGGGGGCCCCGUUAACGUCACCUCGCUGCUGGCGAUGCCGCCGCUGGUCCCAACCGUCAAGCGGGAGGUCCCGGCCCCAACCAUCCUUCCAAAUGCCAGUUCCAUGACGCCAUUCUCCGUACCCCUCCCCGGUCAGCUCAGUGGCUCUAUUGACGGGAUCAUGCCGCCUUUGGCCGACACCGCGUCCGCAGCCGUCAACGGACCCCUAAAAUCCGCGUUUUCCCAGGCCGCUUCCCUGCCGACGGAGUGGCAGCCGGGCUGCAGCGUGACAACCGGCCGGCGCUCGGCUCGAUCGCCCGCACCUAAGGGUAGCCGCAAGCUCAGCCUUGUCCGUGCCACCUCUGCCGAGGCGAACUCUGGACCACUGUCACGUCGCUGCUCAGGGCUCGGCGCAGCGGUGCUAGGUCAUGGCCCGGCGGAGCAUGCUGCCGCUGGCACACCUGGAGGCUCCACGGCUGCGGCACCGUCAUGUGCGUUCGGGCCAGAACCGGGAGUUGAGAACGGUGGAACUGAGAGCAAAAGCGCAGGUCAGCGUGGGAGUGCCAAUGGCGGCGCCACCGCCCUACUAGAGUCGGCAGCGUCCGCUGACCUUCGUCGAUUAGCGCAACUAGCGGAGGCGGCCGCUAUGCUGGAAGAGCAAAUGGUUAUGAAAGGCUGCGACCGUGGGGCUGGCGGCGGCGGCAGCGGCCAGGACGUGGGCCCAGGUGCACGCAGCGGUGCCCCGGACGAGAGCGGCAACAGGGCUGUGGGCCCAGCUGUGCGCCUGGGUGCGGAUGGAUCUGAGCAGGCGGUGUUGCGGCAGCGGGCGGCCUCUUUUAACGCAGGCGCGCUAUUGCCUGGGUCAGGCAGCGCGUUGGCGGGAGAGCUGCGGACUGCGACCUCCGUUCCCGCGUCGUUUUCGGCUGUGCUCCGUUCUGUGGGGUCUCUUCCUGGACCUGUCCCAGAUGGGCACCCUGCAUCUACCUCCGGGGCCUGCAGGAUAGGUGGCGGCAUCGGGGGCAGUGGGAGGGAGGGCAGUCCCGGUGCCGGUGAUGAUGACGUGCUGGUCGGGAGCAGGCGCCGUUCGCUCAUGGACAGCGAGGCGGCAAGUGAGGGUGGCAGCCAGGGUGGUCAUGAAAUGGAGGAUGACGAGGAUGAGGGUGAUGGCAUCAUGGGCGGUGGCGACGGCAGCAAUGACAGCGCGGGCGGUGGCAGCUCCGCAGGUGGCGGCAGCGGGCGGACACUUACCGAGCGUUACCGUGCAGCGCUAAAGGCAUCGGCCAAGCAACGGGGCCGUGGCCACACUAUUAUGAAGCUGGACCCUGACAAACCACCGCGCGGCUCCAAUCGCAACGGUUUGUGUGCGCGGAUCGCCAGCAUCACCAAGGAGCGCCUCCAGCAGGUGUAUCAUUUAAACAUUGAGGAGGCGGCGCGUGAGCUGGGGAUUGGCAUGACCAAGCUCAAGGAGCACUGCCGCACCCUGGGGAUUCCUCGAUGGCCCUCCCGAAAACUCAAGUCAAUGGACAAGCUCAUCGAGAGCCUCAACGAGAGGGCGAUGACAGAGCCGGCGACUAAGGAAGUCAUUGCGGAUAUACUGGCAGAAAUCGAGUCAUUUAAGCGCGCCAUCUACGAGAACCCCUGUCUGGAGGUAGAGGAGGACAUCAAGCGCCUGCGGCAAUCCAACUUCAAAAAGGAGUACCAACAGCGCCAGGUGGAGCAGCGGCUGCGGGGAGGGAUCACGGAAAAGGGCAGUGUGGGCACCCUAGGUGGGGGACCCGGCGGCAGCGGCAGGUCCACUUCCGUAAGCAGUGGUGCGCACCUACAGAGCGCGGGGCCCUCCGGCGCCAUAUCAUCAGCUGCCUUGGCCCCAACAGCGUCCGGCGGAACAGGUGCCGCAUUGCCGCCGGCAGUGCUCUCACAGCCCAUGCUGCCAGCGGCUGCGCUUGCGGCCAAUUUAGGUCCUGCGCUGGGGCAGCUGGCCGCUGGGGCGGCUGCUGCGCAGAGCUCGGCUCAGCUAGUCCAGGCGCUGGCCCAGGCGCAGGUCCAAGCGCACGUCCAGGCGCAGCAGCUGCCGGGGCAGGUAUCUCUGCUAGCGCAUGGCCAGCUGCAGCAGCUGCUCAUGGCGCAGCCGUCUGGCACCUUGCAGCAGCUGAUGGCGCAGCGGGCUCUAGGAGGCAUGCCACCGCCUGCUUUGCUUCUGCCGGCGAUGCUGUCCCAGCAUAUGCAGCAGCCGCAGCUGCCUAAGCCGGUGGGGCCGAUGGCUGCGGUCGGCGAAGCAGCACCGAAUGCAGAGUAG